CCUGGUGUCACAGGAACUACGGCAGCAUUUUCGUAUCAUGAGGAGGCUGCUGCAGAACUACAAGGGGAUGUUGGAAAGCGACGUCGCAAGCGCCAUGGUGUCGAUUACAAGUACGGAGACCCAGGUACGUGGCGGGCAGUAGGGAGAGAUAGUCGGACUUCAGCUUUAGGCAGAGAACAGCAGCCGCUCACAAGUGCUUCUAACGUCAAUACCUAUGAUAAUGAAGAUGAAAGCCAGCUCUUUUUCCGACAACAAAUGUUCUCGUCAGAUGCACAACAAGAUGAAGGAGGACUUCAAAGCGACCACAGUAAUUCUAGGACAGAUUUCUAUGAAGAUGAUGCUUCUAGGACAGAUUUCUAUGAACAGGGGCUUCACCAGAAUCGUUACCACUACGAGCAGCUUCAGCAGAAUCAAGUGGAGGGCAAAGCAGUCGAGCCCCACCGACAAGGUCAACACUUGUUCGCGAACCCUCCUUCGCAGAAAUUGAAGUCCCCGCCACCGACGGUGCCUCCGCAGAACCUCCUAGGCUAUCUCACGAUCGAUCACGGCGAAGAGGCACUGCAUUUGAGUCGCGGUAAAAGUGGUGUCGCCAAGGUAAAGACAGGUACAAAGACGGGAACGUCCGAAGGUAAGGAAAAAAGGAUACUAUUAAACGACACCGAAGAGAAAGAUGAUACUCGAGAUGGACCAAAACUAGCCGGUGAAAAUGAUCUGGGUGAGCAUGAUGGUGAUGAACAAGAACCUGCCGAGGAGAUGAGAGGUGGAGAUUUGAUGUCACUUCGUCCCUUGAUCGUAUCUAGACCUCCGGGAGAAGAUGGUGUUGAAGAAGAGGAAUCAGUUGUGGCCGACGUGGACAAAAAAAUGCGGGGAGUAAGUCCAGCACAUCAAAAAAGCCUCAUUGCUCGUGAACAGCAAGCGCAAAUAUGGACUGAGGCGAUGAAAAAGAUCGAGGCCUUUGUUCUUGCGGAAUCGCAUUUGGUGACAGCUUGCGGAUGGGGAUUGAACAUGAGGAACACGCUUCUCCUAUUCUGUUGCUCCGUGUCAAUGGCAGGUUUGCUCGUUGCAGUUGCGUUUCU